AUGGCAAGAACGAAGCAGACAGCCCGUAAAUCCACCGGCGGAAAGGCUCCCAGGAAGCAGCUGGCCACCAAGGCCGCUCGUAAGAGCGCCCCGGCCACCGGCGGAGUCAAGAAACCUCACCGUUACAGGCCCGGCACCGUGGCUCUCAGGGAGAUCCGCCGCUACCAGAAGUCCACUGAGCUCCUUAUCCGCAAGUUGCCCUUCCAGCGUCUGGUUCGGGAGAUCGCGCAGGACUUCAAGACCGACUUGCGCUUCCAGAGCUCCGCCGUGAUGGCUUUGCAGGAGUCCAGCGAGGCUUACUUGGUCGGUCUGUUCGAAGAUACCAACCUGUGUGCCAUCCACGCCAAGCGGGUCACCAUCAUGCCCAAAGACAUCCAGCUGGCUCGCCGCAUUCGUGGAGAGAGGGCUUAAGUCACCACAGUCACGCCAUCCAAACAACGGCUCUUUUAAGAGCCACCAAUUCAGUCUAAAAGAGAUCUAUGCCGUUACGAUAGUUUUGCUUUCCGGUUAUUUGGGUUAUUUCUUGCUUAAUCGUGAUUGAGUCUUGCAUCGUCAAGUAACAUUCAAGCAGUGUCCCAUGCUAUAAAAUGUUUCAUACAUGCAUUUUUCUCUCAUUUUCCUUCAUAUAGAACCAUUUGACUCAGCUCUUUUUAAGUACACGAUAGCUCGAUUACUUUACGUGGGUGUGUGUUUUUAUUUUUUUUCUCCUACUCCUAGUGGGUAAAACUACCGUUGAAAGUGUUGUGCUUUAAUAUGCUUUCCCAAUAAAGGUUUCCACUGUCAA